GACUGGCAAGUCCGACGGUCCCGGUUCCCUCGCCUCACUCCCUCCGCUUCAGUCGUGUGUCAGCGGUUGCGUAGUACGGACGAAGGCUCACCCACCAGCUCCUAACCAGUAAAAAUGGCCAAGAUCGAGGGAAAGUACAAGAUGGAAUCAUCCGAGAACUUCGAUGAGUUCAUGAAGGCCCUGGGUGUGGGUCUGGUGAUGCGGAAGAUGGGUAAUGCUGCCACACCGACAGUGGAGAUCACCUUGGAAGAUGGUGUCUACACCCUUAAGACUGUCACCACCUUCAAGACAACUGAAAUUAAGUUCAAACUUGGUGAGGAGUUUGAGGAGACCACUGCUGAUGGACGUAAUGUAAAGUCAUCCAUCAAACUUGAGGGUAACAAGAUGAUUCAUGAGCAGAAAGGAGAUAAAGAAAAGAAUGAAAAGGACUCUAUUCUCACCCGUGAGUUCACAGACAAAGAAAUGAUUAUGGAAUGUAAGGUUGAAGACAUUGUGUGCAAGCGUGUCUACAAACGUCAAGAAUAAGUUUAUCUUUUGAACUUCUGUAUCUGCACUCCAAAGAUGGCAACUUGCUUGUUGGCAUCUUUAUGAAGAAAAAGGAUACAAUGAUUUUCUUAAAUUUUUCUUCUUAAAAUGUUUUAGGAAUAAUAUUGUAUCUUAACUUUACAGUAAAAUUUAAAUAACUUAUUUGAAUAUUGCUAGAAGUAAUAAGUGAAUGAUACAGGUUUCAACAGUGUUUGGUUCAACUGAGUAUUGUGCAUUUGUGGCUGUUCAUCUGCUUCAAACAAACACUAUCUUUUUUCUUUGCUCAAAAUAUUUUCCUAUACAUAUUUUAGUCAUUCUACUGUAUUAAAACGUGAAAAUUAAACAAAAAUUUCAACAUUAUUUAAAAAAAACUUAAUUGAGGUACUGUAUAGAUAUGCUUUGAAUAAAUUGUCCCAUGAAUUUGGGAAAUUUUUAUCUGCUAAUCAGACUUAAGUAUUAAGGCUGUAAAGGUAAGAUAACACUGACAAGUUUUGUAAUCUUUAUAUAUUAAAUUUCCAACUUGA